AUUUGUCUACAAUUCAAACAAAACCUUACCUAGAAAUAUUCCGGGUGCCGUGGUUACUAGCUGAUAGGGAAAUGUCGACAUGAAGAUCGCAACGUGUGGGUUGGUGAUAUUUGUUCUUGCAAAUGGGGCGUUGGGGAAACAUUUCCCGCUGCGGCAUCCCGUCCCCCUAACCCACAAGUCUACGACCCCGCCCUCCGCGGGUCAUCGUAUAGUGGGUGGCAGCCCCUCCACUCCCCACUACUGGCCCUUCAUGGUGUCCCUGCAAACUCACGGCGGCUUCCAUUUCUGUGGCGGGGUUUUGGUGACCACGAGAUGGGUGUUGACAGCGGCUCAUUGCCUUGACCACCAGAACGAACUGUCUUUCCGAGUAGUUCUUGGUAAACACAACAUUUCUGCCAGUGAGGGGACCGAGCAGAUCAGGAACCUGUCGUCAAUCCACAAGAAUCCGUUCUACAACAUCCAGCACCCCGACUUUAACUUCUACCUGCCCAAUGACGCGGCGCUGCUGGAGCUGAGCCAGCCGGUGGUGGAGAACCACUACGUCAGGAUCGCCAUGCUGCCCACCAAGUGUAACGACUUCACCGCCCAGGACUGCAUCGCCAUUGGCUGGGGCAAGACACAGGAUGCCAGUCAAUCAGACGUCCUCCAGGAAACUCCGAUGACGGUCAUCGACACCAGCCUGUGCAGCGCCACCUGGGGGAGUUACGUGUACUACGACAGUUUGUGUGUGAUCAGUUACGGAAGUACACCCUGCUCCGGAGACAGUGGGGGUCCCUUAGUGUGCCUGGACCGGUCGCAGUACGUGGUGGCCGGGGUGUCCUCCUGGGGGGACGUGGAAUGUGGGUUCCACCCCUCCAUCUACACCAAGCUGUCCGAGUCACUGUCAUGGAUCCACGACAUUGCCAAGUAACCAUAGGCAACCAGAUACUUCAACCAAUCAGUGCACAGAAUGAGGCAUCACAUUGAUGCAUGUAACUAAUUUCUUAUCAUAGUCCAGAAUUCAUAAGGAGUAUAUAACUUGAUAUUAUUUCAUAAAUUGUAUUGCAUAACUGAGACAAUGUGUUAGCUUUUAGAAUUUAUUGAAUAUAAUAAAUUAAGGACAGUUGU